GUCCAACCAGGGUAUCCUGUUAGACGACACUCUUCAGUUUUGCAUCAGCAGCUCCCAGGCUCGCCUGCGCAGGUUCCUCUUUCGGCCAGAUUAGCCGCUCAAUCUUCCGGAUAUUCCUCGUCUCCGUCUUCUUGGUCUCACCCCGCUCUGCGAAAGCAUUUCGCGCGUCGGUUCGCAACACCUGCCGCUUCGAAUUCUACUCCUGCAGUGAACAACACUGCCUACUCUAACCGCCCACCCGUCCCUCUGUUCAACGACAAGACGGUCAACUAUUCCGCCUUUCCGAAUCAGCACAACCAACACCUAAAGAGAAAAUACGCUUCAUAUCUACACCAUCGCCGCAUCAUGUCUACCCCCAACAUCGCUCAAGAUUUCCCUGAGCUUUUUGAUCUUCAGUCCAACCGCUUUGGGGACGAUCUCAGCUCCCCAGAGUCCAACAUGCUUUCGCCCCAGAUCAACACUUCGUUCUUCAGCCCGAUGGGAGAGGUUGCCCCUCCGGGCACCGUCUCGCCGAAGGAUCUGUUCUUCGACGCUUCGGCUCCCCCAUCGACGACUUUCACUGAUCUCAGCACUCCCCCGCUGGAUACGCCUGGCUUCUUCAGUCAGAACACAUCUCCCAUGAUCAACACUGAGAUGGAUCUGAACGCCGUGCCUGAGGAGUGGGAGUCUCUGUUCCCUCAGGAUGGGUUUUCUCUGGACCUGGAUUCGGCUGCCCUUGAGCUUGCUGCUUCGCUUCAACAGCCCAAGGCGACCGGACCCCCUCCGACUCCAGUGAUCCGUGACAGCGCCUCGCCCGCGCCGUCUGCCUCCCCUGCCCCAUCCCGUCAGGGUACCAAGCACUCCACAGUGGCCGGCGUCAAUGCGCGCCAACGGAAGCCGUUGCCUCCCAUCAAGUUUGACUCUGCCGACCCCGCCGCCAUGAAGAGGGCCCGCAAUACCGAGGCUGCUCGCAAAUCUCGUGCUCGCAAGCUCGAGCGUCAAGGCGAGAUGGAGCGCCGUAUUGAGGAGCUCGAGCGGAUGCUUGAAGAGUCCAAGCAACGCGAGGAGUACUGGCGAAGCAUGGCCAAGACUGGCACCAACUGAUCUAAAAAGUUUCUUGGGUUUUCAUUCUUUGGGUUAUGGCAUGGGGUUUUGGUUUUGGUAUCUGUAUUGUGCUCAUUGUGCUAUUCUUAUCCCUAGUGGGCUCUGUGGGCGGGGGCGUCGAGCCUCCUGUCACCACCUGUCGGAAGCAUCAUUCAGUCUCUGAGUGAUGCUUCCGACAGAUGAAAAGUUUCCUUUUGUUCUUGCGCCAUUUACUAUGGAGCUUACACAGUGUACUUUUCGGUAGAUCUGCAUCUCUGCAUCUGCUGCUGUGAUUUACUCAUCCCCAGUCAUGUACUGCGGGUCUGUUUUAUGGUUCUUCUGCCUUUUCUGUUUCUAUGGCCGGUUCUGAUGUCUCCCAC